ACGGGGAGGGGAGGAGGAGGGGAUGGCUUCGCCUGCGGCCGCCCACCAAAUCUCGCCCAUGGUUUCUUCCCCCACCGCCUCCCGCGACGGCCCCCGGCGCCGCGGCGAGAAGAGGCGAAUGCGCGGCUGCUCUCCGUCGCCGCCGCCGCAGGAUCUCUGCCCAUCAGGAGCUUGCGAGGACAAAGGUGAUGGAGCUACAACUACUGAUAGAAAGUGGCAUCCAGAUGAAUCACACAGACCUGAUAUUGAUGAUGCCCCCGUUUUCACUCCAACAGAAGAGGAGUUUAAAGAUCCAAUUGGAUACAUUACAACGAUUCGACCACAAGCAGAAAAAUAUGGAAUUUGUCGCAUUGUUCCACCAUCUUCUUGGAGACCGCCUUGUUCUCUGAAGGAGAAAACCUUCUGGGAAUGUACAGAGUUCAAUACCCGAGUUCAGCAAGUUGACAAGCUUCAAAACAGGGAACCCACAAAGAAAAAACCACAGCCUCGAGCUCAGAAGAAAAGGAAGAGGAGAAAGAGACUGAGAUUUGGGAUGACUCACAGGCGUCCCAGUACAAAUACAUCAGAAAGCUCUGACUGCGGAGACACGGAAGAGAAGUUUGGCUUUCAAUCUGGCUCUGAUUUCACACUAGAGGAGUUCAGGACAUAUGCGGAUGAGUUUAAGCAGCAGUAUUUUGGAAUGAAAGGAAGUGAUGAAAUCCCUCUUUCUGAAAUUAAAAAGAAGAAAAAGAUUUGGCAACCAUCAGUCGACGAAAUAGAGGGCGAAUAUUGGCGUAUAGUCGUAUGCCCCACUGAUGAAGUUGAGGUGGAUUAUGGUGCUGAUUUGGACACUUCAAUGUUCAGUAGUGGAUUCUCUAAAUUGUCUUCAGAUUCAAAUAAACAAGAUUCAUAUGGUCUGUCCUGUUGGAAUUUAAAUAAUCUUCCACGAACUCCUGGCUCUGUUCUUUCGUUUGAAACUGAGGAUAUAUCAGGAGUUGUAGUCCCUUGGCUUUAUGUAGGGAUGUGCUUCUCAUCAUUUUGUUGGCACGUGGAAGAUCAUUUCCUAUAUUCUAUGAAUUACAUGCAUUUUGGUGAACCAAAAGUAUGGUAUGGUGUUCCUGGUGCUGAUGCAGUGAAGCUGGAAGAAGCUAUGAGAAAGAACUUACCAAGACUAUUUGAAGAACAGCCUGAUCUCCUACAUGAGCUGGUUACACAAUUAUCUCCGUCUGUUCUAAAAUCAGAAGGAGUUCCUGUUUAUCGUGUUGUUCAGAAUCCAGGCGAGUUUGUUCUAACACUACCGCGGGCUUACCAUUCUGGAUUCAAUUGUGGCUUCAACUGUGCAGAGGCAGUCAAUGUCGCACCUGUGGAUUGGCUGCCUCAUGGACAAUGUGCCGUUGAGCUUUAUAGGGAGCAGCGGCGCAAGACAUCCAUAUCGCAUGACAAAUUAUUACUAACAACUGCAAAUGAAGCUGUCAGACAGCUUUGGAUGAACCUUUGUGAUUGCAAGAGUAGCCAAGGAGUAUACAGAUGGCAGGAUACCUGCGGAAAGAAUGGAAUUCUGACUAAUGCAAUUAAGACAAGGGUUAAAAUGGAGGAGGCCGCUCGGAGAGUGAAUGCGUUGCUGCAAUAUAAGAAAAUGGGCAGCGAUUAUGAUUCAACUGACCGGGAAUGCUUUUCGUGCUUUUAUGAUCUCCAUUUUUCAGCUGUCAGUUGCCAAUGCUCACCAAACCGUUUUGCUUGCUUAAACCAUGCAAGCCUUCUGUGUUCAUGUGAAAUGGACACAAAAUUUGCAUUAAUCCGGUACAACAUAGAGGAGUUGGAUACUCUUGUUGCAGCUCUAGAGGGUGAUCCAACUGCUGUUUACCAGUGGGGACAGAAUGAUCUAGGUUUAGUCUGCCCAUCUGGUUCUGGGCAAUACAAGAAGAUAGACUUGGGUGAAAGCACGAGGUUUCUGGAAUCAGCAACUGACGUCAAUCAUGGCUGCAGCUUAGGUGUCAACCAAGAACGCUAUCAUGAUGACCCUGCAAAGCCUGUAAGAUACCAGCAAGAGAAUGGGACGCAGAUUGAUUCAGAAGUACAUAACAAUAACAAGAUGUCUGUCAGUUUUGAGUCUCCUGCCACAGCUAGUAAUCCAACAAGGUCAAAUUCUGACUGCAGCUGCCCACACUCCUUGAACCAUUCAUUUGAGUUACCGUCUUCAAGAGUUCAAACAGGAAGCCAACCUUAUGAUGUCUCUAAGACCACCAUAUCGAAGUAUUCAGUUGAGCUGCUAGACCAUGGGAAAAUGAUGGUUGGUAAAAAGUGGUGCAAUCGGCAAGGCAUAUUCCCCAAAGGAUUUAGGAGUCGAGUUACAUUUCACAGUGUACUAGACCCAACAGGGACAUGCUACUAUAUUUCAGAAGUUCUUGAUGCUGGACUUCUUGGACCGUUGUUUAGGGUAUCUGUGGAAGGUCUCCCAGAAGUUUCGUUUACUCAUACAUCACCAAUGCAAUGUUGGGAUAGUGUAAGAGACAGAGUAAAUGAAGAAAUAGAAAAACAACAAAGUGUUGGAAAAUCUGGCCUUCCUGACCUGCUAUCCAUGAAUUCUGUGAAUGGCCUUGAAAUGUUUGGGUUCUUGUCUUCCCCUAUAAUUAAGGAAAUUGAGGCUCUAGAUCCUGGUCACCAAUGCUUGGACUAUUGGUCGUCAAGGAUUUCUUCUGUUGGAACCGAACUCCCCUCGGAAUCUGUGAUGGCAACAGCAGUUAAUGACUCCACUAACCCCACUAUAAAGCUGCUUGGGAUUGAGAUUACCCGGAAGGAAAUAGAACAAUCAAGUAGCUUUAAUAAUUCCUGUGCCGAGGGGUCACACUUGGUAGGUUGCUGAAGACGGCUAAGCUCCCAGAAGGACCAGAACUAAUGGCGAUGAAAAGAAGCAUUCGAUAGCAGUCUAGUGGAUCAGAUAGCAUCAGGAGUGGCAGAUGCCACCCCGCAGGAUGGGAUGGACAAUAAUGUAGAUACAUAGUGCCGUGCAUAGAUCAGAAAUUUCAGAUAACUCAUCCUAGAUAGCUUCCCUAGGGAGACAUUAGAAUCGAAAUAGAGCCACCAUUGAUUUGCAUUUCUUGAUAUUUAUUUCAGAUUUACAUGAUCCCAAUUCAUUUCUAAUUUGAUGGCAUGCAACAAGUUAUUGUGUUAUCUAAUUGUUUCUGGAUUAGCCAGCUUUAUUGUGACCAAUGUAACAAGUUGAUGUUUCUUGCCGACAUAAAGCUUACAUGUACAAACCAUUGGUAGCUCCCAAUUGGGAAAGCAAUGAAGAAAAUGUUUUCGGAAGUAUGGCCAUUGCUUCAACUUCGUGUUG